CUCGGGUCGCCAGUGCCGCGCGCUCGCCUGUGCUGAGAGGAGGGUUUGCGCGAAGGCUUCACUUGACCCCCUUGCCCGCCUGCCGACCACCGCACCCUCCCUCCCCCUCCCCCUCCUCAGCGCGACUCGGCGGCUGCAGCGCCCUUCGGGGACACGUCCUUUCGCUGGCCACGGCCCUCGAGCAUGACAGCGCUCUGACCAGCAUGUGGUUCGCAACUCUGGCAGGAAGGCGGCGCGGAGGGCCCGGCUGGGGGGUGGCCCUGGCCCUGGCGCUGCAGUUCUCCACCCAACUCGUCACCGCUCAGUUCCCGACCCGAGGCGACAUAUCCCUGGACGUGGCUGCUACGCCGUACGGAGCGGAAUACGACAUCAGCUACGAUGAGCUGAAUGGGCCGUGCGCUGACUACCAACCCGGCGAGGACGACCUGCAGGCCUUCGACUUCAUCCGCAAGUUCCGGCUGGACGUCCUCGAGCAGAGCUACCCCGGCGUCACCAGCGUCCAGGGCUCCAACGAGAUGCAGAAAGCCUACCGCCUCCAGUCCAGCGCCAACCUCCAAAUCGCCACGAGGGAAGUUGAUACAGGAGAGUUCUCGCUGAUCUGCACGUACCGCGCGCGGCGACCGCCCCGCAACCGCUGGGACAUCAUCCGCAUCAGCGACCCCGGGGGGGAAAGGCCGCAGUUCGCGACACGCUCAAACCCCCAAAACCAAAAAUGCCCUCCCCACCAGGCUGCCUUCGACGAGACAUGGCACAAGCUCCACUUCGGCGUGUUCCGGGACCGCGUGACGCUGUACCUCGACUGCGAGCGCACGACGGAGGUUCCACUCGACCCCUUCGGCCCCAUCGACAUCAACGGUAACAUUUACAUUGCCAAGCAACAGAACUCCGCCAGAACUGUGCCGAUUGAGCUGCAGUGGAUGGUGAUGAGCUGCGACCCCGCCCGCCCGGAGAGAGAGACCUGCGGGGAACUGCCGCCGGGCGUGUCCCAGUCAGGCUCGGAGUGCUCCGUGGUGUGUCCCAGAGGUCCUCCUGGCUUCAAUGGAACAGAUGGGCAAGAUGGGGUGCCUGGCUCUCGAGGUCAGAGAGGUCCUCCUGGAACUCCUGGAACCGCAGGACCGCCAGGCGAGAACGGCGAACCCGGCAGCCUCGGAUUCCCCGGACCCCCCGGGCCCCCAGGAGCCCCUGGGCGGCAAGGCGAGUCAGGAAACGCUGGUAACACUGGGCCACCAGGACCUCCUGGACCCACAGGUCAGCCGGGCAUUGUGGGUCCGAUCGGCCCUAAGGGAGACGUCGGCCCCUCUGGCGUCACGGGACUCCCAGGGCCCACUGGUCCCCAAGGCGAGCCUGGACCCCGCGGCGUUCCCGGCGACGCGGUGCUGGUGACCGGGCCUACGGGCGAGCAAGGGCCCCCAGGUCUGCCUGGACCUCCGGGAACCCCCGGCGCGGAUGGCGCAGCAGGACGACCUGGACCGGCAGGAGAAGCAGGCGAGCGCGGCGCGGAGGGCCUGCCCGGAAGGCGAGGCUUGACCGGACCCAAGGGAGAGGAAGGCCGCCCGGGCCCCGUCGGACCUCAGGGCGAACCAGGCCCGUCGGGUCCCCCCGGCCCCCCCGGCGCCGUGGUGAACGGCGAGGGCGGCGAGGGCCUCCCCGGCCCCGCGGGGCUCCCGGGCCCUCCCGGCCGCCCCGGCCAGCAGGGCGAGCCCGGCAUGAAGGGCAACAUGGGUGCCACGGGCCUCGACGGGCAGCCCGGCCCGCGAGGAGACAAGGGUGACAAGGGCCCCAUUGGGCCUCCCGGCAUUGACGGCGUGCGCGGCGAGCGGGGCCUUCCCGGCGCCGAGGGAGCUCUCGGUCCCAAGGGCGAGCCGGGGCUCAACGGCGCCCCCGGCCUCAUCGGCAAACCCGGUGUCGUCGGCCUCCCGGGUCCCGAGGGCCCGAGAGGCGCCCCAGGGCCAGAGGGCCUCAAGGGUAGCACGGGUAAACGCGGCGAGCCCGGCAUUCCCGGAGAUCCCGCGCCCCCCGGUCAGCCUGGACCCCAAGGACCUCCCGGAGUUGCAGGACCGAGAGGAGAAGAAGGCCCCGAGGGACCUCCUGGACCCCCAGGACCCCAGGGACCCACUGGAAACCCCGGCCAGAUGGGCAUCAUCGGAGCCAAGGGACACCCCGGCCUCCCCGGCCUCAAGGGCGAGCCCGGCAAGUCCGGCAAGCGCGGCGAGCCAGGGCCCAUGGGCGAAGGUGGUCCUAGGGGCCCUGCCGGCCCCCAGGGGCCACCAGGGCGUCCUGGCAAGGAUGGCGCCAAGGGAUCGUCUGGCAUCCAGGGCCCCGUGGGGCCGCGCGGUCUGCCAGGACCUAUCGGCCCGCCAGGUCUGCUAGGUCCCUCCGGCCCGCCCGGACUGCCUGGCUUCCAGGGCAAAGUGGGCGCCCCUGGACCCCCCGGACCUCCAGGGCCCCCCGGCGAGUCCGCCCCUGUGGCCAUCCAGGUCGACGGCGAACGCACCUACAGCCUUCCGGGCCCCAUGGGCCCCAUAGGAUCCCCAGGCAUGCCCGGCGAGCGCGGCGCCGAUGGCGAUCGAGGUCCGCAGGGCAAGAACGGAAACCCUGGUCUGCCUGGACCCCCAGGGCCCUCAGGGCUUCCAGGAGCGUCGGGCCAGCGAGGUCCUCCCGGAAACCCCGGCAUCGCAGGAAAUCCCGGCCGUGAAUAUACUGAAGCUGAGUUGCGUUCGAUUUGCUCUUCGGUGUUGAGAGAGAACCUGGCUGAAAUAGCCAAGACCCUACAAGGCCCGCCUGGCAGACCUGGCAGGGGAAGGCGCGGCCCAGUUGGUGAACCCGGAGAACAGGGUCCUCCAGGAAACCCCGGCUCCCCCGGCGAGUCAGGCCAGAGGGGCUACUCCGGCUUCCCCGGCGCCGCUGGUCCGCAGGGGCCGCCCGGAGAGCCCGGACCCCGCGGGUACAAGGGCGAGCGAGGCCUCAUGGGCGAGGGCAGAGACGGCAAGCCAGGGCCGCCAGGACAACCAGGACCGCCCGGGCCGCAGGGCAUGGGGCUGCCGGGCCGCAUGGGCGAGCGCGGGCCGCCCGGCCAAUCCGGACCCCAGGGCGGCCGCGGCUCCCCCGGACCCCAGGGGCCGCCGGGCCAUUGCGAGUAUUGCAACCCGCAGUCGUACCAGCCUUUCCAGGGGAACACGAAGGGCCCGUGAGCGACUCGCGCCCACGAGGCGGCGCCCACGACUCGGCUCGUCUCCUUCCGCUUUGUUGCUAGAGUUAGUUGACCCUCAGUCGUCCCCUUCCUCUUUACGCAUAGUCCUUCUUCAAAUGACAGCUUUACUUAUGUUGCCACACAAAAAUGUAUGCUACUGUAAUUUGGAAAAAACAAUAAAAAUUUUCUUAGGUCUUGAAACAUCUCUCAAACUUAUGCUAAGUUAAGAUUUUGGAUUUAUUUUUUAGUCCCUGUAUAAGUUAUCUGUUAAGUGUACUCUUUCUUGAUGACAAUAUCAACAAGUCUUGAUAAAAAAAAACAGUUCCACAAAACAAGUCCGUUUCAGAAUAUUUACUUCAUUUUAGAGUAAAAUAAGAGUAAACCAAGAAAACAUAUCACACUAAUCAAGUUUAUCAAGACAUUUUCGUUACCUUGAUAAUGGGAUGUUAAAGAUCCCAGCUAUCGUCACUGCCAUUCCCUAUGUUCUUAUAUUCUAAGGGUGAUAAGCAAAACAGAUGAGUGUGGGACUGCAUAAUCUCCAGGUCUUAGAGCACGGUAAGCACCAUGACCACAAAAUAUGAAUCAAAACUACAAAAAAGAUAUAUAUAUGAAAGAUAAAAUGACACAAAUCUCAUAAAAAAGGAAAUAACGAAACAACGAAGUAUUCUGAUUGGUGGCUCUGAGCGCAAAAAAAAAAACAAAAAAACAAAAGCCAAACGCAAUCCAACUAUCCAAAGACAAUACAAAGCCAGCGCAGAAAGGAUGUUGUGCAAAGAUCAGUAACAAAGGAACUAAAGACGUCCUUCUGUGUCGUCUCGCGUGACCUGGACGACCACCUAAGCCCACGCAGUCAUCUGAAGGAACUCCACGCUGUGUUCAUAAUGGUGCUACUGCGGGUCUCAUGCCUCGUAUCUUGAAACUGCCAUCGUGUAUAUUCUGUGUUACUAACAUUUCCCCUGUAUAUAAAAAUUUUUGUAUCUAAAUUAAUAAAGAGUUGGCCAACAUA